AUGCCCCAAUCCGAAAACCUUAAGAGUCGCAUAACCGAGAUGAACGAUUUCAUACCGAGACAAAUAAAUAAUAAUAACGAACAUAAAUUCCUGAAAGUGACACCCAAUUUAUUCACUCCAGAAAGAUUGCACCUAUUCGAUUCAACAGAUUUAUACACUUCUUUGAUUAAUUGCACCAAAUAUAUCGAGCAAGGUGAAAGGCUUAAUAAUCUAAGCUGGAGAAUACUUAAUAAAGCGCUAUUGAAAGAUCAUAACAUAAAUAAAUCCAAGAAGAGGGACGGUGUUAAAAAUAUUUAUUAUGUGCUGAACCCAGUUUCUAAGCAACAACAACAGCAACAACAACGACCUAAAUCUUCACAACAGGGACCACAACCAUCACAGAAAGGAUCCACUAAUAAUAACAAUAAUAAAAGCUUAUUUAACGAAAAUCGACAUAUAACAUCUACAACUUUAACGACGGUAUUAUCGAAUGACCCAACAAUUGUAAAGAAUAAAUCCAUUACUAAAAAUAACAAAUCUUCCAGUGGAUUAUUUACUAAUUCUAAGAAUAUUCCUCCAACAGAAACCAUUAUAAAGAAGGAAGAACCACAAAAUAUUGUAAAGGGGUUUGAUACAAGCACAAUAAUUACAAAGAAAUCGACAGUUAGUGUAAACUCACUUAAGUCACCACCAACAACGAAAAACUCAAAUGAUGAUAAAAAAUCAAAGAUACAAACGAGCAAUUCCAGUUCGCAUAGCAGAGCUUCAUCAACGUCAAGUAAUAACACAACAAUCAAUAAUAAAUCGCAUCCAUUGAGUUCGUUAUUCAAUAAACCCAGAUCUACUGAUACUAAUAAUAACCUUUCUCGGAGUUCCAAUAUAAUGAAUGCAUCAACCAUUUUUACUAAUAAUAAUGCCAAUAAUAAGGGUGAAAAUAAAAUUUUCUUUAGUAGUGAAGAUGAAGAAGAAUCGGAUUGGGAUAGUGUUUCUGAUGAUUCUGAACUUUAUGCCGAUGACGAUUAUGAUAACUUUAAUGAAGAAGAAGAAGAUCAAUAUUAUAGAAAGCAAUGGGAUAAAUUAAUUUUUGCCAAAAAUAAUCCUCAACAACAACAGCAACAACAAAGACCAAAUUCAAACCAAUCAUCAGUAUCAUCUAACGCAUCUCAUGGCGAACAAAUACGGAAAAGUUUAUUGAGUGGAUUAUUCCUAAACGAAUCCUUAAAUAGUAAUGGUAACACACCAACGAGUAAAAAUUCCACAAAGAAUACAACUCGAUCGUUAUCGUCAUCACCGGCUCCACCUCAAUCACGGUCUACUCCGAAGCCUCAGCCCUUCCCAUCUACAACAACAACAAAAGCAGUCGAUAAGACAAAUUCAAAUGGAGCUGUAUCACAAGCCGCCACGCUGGAGACAAGUAAUAUAACGGCGCUUGGAUCUGUUACACCACCACAGGGAGAUUCGAUGACUGCAAUAAUGCAAGGGGUUAAAGCAAGAUCACAACGUAGUAGUAGUUUCAGCAGUAUUGUUUCCGAAUCUACAGGGGAAAGAUAUUUACACGAAUCAAAUGCUCCCUUGACGGCUCAAACAAUAUUACCAACAGCAUUAUCUACACACAUGUUCUUACCCAAUAAUAUUCAUCAACAACGUAUUGUAGCCACAAGAGAUAGAGAAAGGAUAAAACAAAGAAGAGAAGCAUUGGGUAUAUCGAGUAGAAGAGAAUCCAUGGAUAUUCCUAGUAAGAAUAGAAAUGCUGGAUUUCUUAAGACUCGAAUGGAAAUAUCUGAAGAGGAAAAAUUUGCCAAGACUAUUAAUCGACGGAGAGCCGCACAUACCACAACCAAUAACAAUAAUAAUAAUAAUAGCAAUAACGUGAAGAGCGAUGAUCACUAA